AUGGGAGCUCUCAACUUCCGAUGGCUUGUCAACGUCGGGCUGCUGGCACUGCCCAUCGCCAUCACGUUGGGAGUCUUGUUCGGCAUUCAGUCACAUAGAGAAGCGACCGGACAGCCACCCAUAUUCACGCCCGAGCCCUCAGGCCGCCCCAAGCUGGACAACAAUGGCAUCACGGUCGAGAACAACUGCAUGAAGGCCUUCGGUAUCGAACCGCCCGCCAAGGGCCAGAAGUACAUAUUAAACCCCAACCAGUGGGGUGUCGUAGACGGCGAGGGAGGCACUCUAUGCUUGAAUGUUACAAGCAACAACAAUGGAACGUAUGCUACCAACACCACGGCGCCCCCGUUCUACGUGUCCUGGCAAUUCCCCCAGCGGACAACGAGCCAGCCUGUGCACGCCUUCCCCAACAUCAAGGUCGAUGGCGGCGUCUUCCCCGCCAGCCUCAACACGCUCAAGGCGAUCAACGUCGAUAUGGAGUGGACUUACGGCGUGGGCAACGGCUCAGUGACAACAACCGAUCAGGCGUCACUGACGCAGAUCUCGCUCAAUUCCAACGUCGCCAUCGAUAUGUUCUUGGACAAGGACAAGACGGUCGCGGAGGACAGUGCCAAAGCUAACUUCGAGGUCAUGGUCUGGUUCGCGACGUUUGGCACGUCGGCGAAACCCCUUGGUUUUGGAAAAGGAAUUGUCGCGACGAGGGUGCUCGACGGGGCGACGUUCAAUCUCUACGUCGACCAGAACGAGCAGAAGCAAUGGGUCUUGACCUGGGUCGCCUCCGCCGUGACCGAGAAGUUCCACGGCGACAUCUCGCCUCUGCUGGAGGACUUGCUGACCAUGGGCAAGGCCAACUUCCCCAGCAGCAGUGAUUAUCUGGGAUAUCUGAGUUUGGGAACCGAGACUUUCUACGCCGACGCGCCCGUCACGUUCUCCGUGCCCAGCCUAUCCAUCGAUGUCAGAUCUUCAUAG